GGAUAUGAAAAACAAAUUAUUUAUAAAUUAUUCAAUAAUUUAUAUUAUAAAAUUAUAGUUAAAUUCAUUCAUUUAUAAUAUAAAAAUAUAACCAAAGACUAAAUUUACCCAUAAUGCUCAUAAUAUUUGGCGGUGGAAUAUUCAAAACAGUGAGAAAAAUUAACCUAAAACAUGAAUUUUAAUAUAUGUUAAUCUAACGUCAAACAUGAGUGGAAUAACAGCAAUACACGUUAAAAAAUUAAGUCAUAAUAUUGAAGAAAUACGAUUGAGAGCAUUAGAUAAUAUUAUUUCAAAAUACGAUCUUGGUUUUGGUUGUGAUUGUGAUGCUGUAAGAAAAGAAUUAAUAACAAAAUUAUUUAAUUGGUUUUCAUUUGAAACUUUUUCGCAAACUCAAAAAGUUUUAGAUUUAUUACUUCGUUUACUAAAGAUAAGUGAUAAAAAUCAUUUAAAUGCAUUUGGUAAAGUAAGAUUUCAAAAUGAGCUACAUGAAUUAAGAAGAAAAUUAGAUUCAGAAUGGUAUGAAAAAUUAAAUGAAAUUGAAGAAGCAGUUCUUAAUUCAGAUAAAUUGCAAACAAUAUCAUUAAAAUCAGAAACUAUAAAGGAUCCUAGCUCUCCAAAAAUGGGAUUUAUCGAUUAUGACCGACAUAGAACACGCAUAAAAGAUUAUGAAAUUAACAAAAUACAAAUGAAAGAAGAUCAUUUGUCUCAAAGUAUUACUCCUGUUCUAAAUAAUACAGUACCAUUUGAUUUAACAUUAGAAUGUGGAGAUGGAACUCCAAUAUCCAAAGCUACAGAAGGUGGUAUUAAAUGGUUAAUCAUGCCAUGGCAACCUUUAGUUGCUUCAGAUAGAGGUGUUUUAGCAGCAGUUGAAGAUGCUCUAAAUAAUAAUUUAGAUACAAAUCUUAUAUUACAUACUUGUCAAUUUAUAACAAAUGUAAUGAUGCAGGAUUUUCCAGCAGAAGUUUUUCUUCAAAGACCAACUAUUGUUUAUAUAUUACAUAAUCUGUUAAAAUCUAGUACAAAUGCAAAAAAUACUAAUUUUAAAAAUAUUGUACCAAUGGUGUUAAAAACGCUUCAUAAAUUAACACGUUCUUUAAGACUAAGAAUUUAUUAUUACUGUGAACCAUGCAUUGCAAAUAAAAAACAAAAAUUAUUAACAGAAAAAUUAAACAAUAAUGUUUAUUCUUCUUCUGAAAUAAGAGAUAGUCCCGAUGGGGGAUUCCCAGAAGUUAAUUAUCAAGCAUAUCAAUCUAGUGAUACAAGUGAAAGAAGUCAAAGUGUAUCUGAUAAUAUUGAUGAUUCUAUUUUGCAAUUGCAACAAAUGCUUAUUCCAAUUUUUUGCAUUGAAACUUUAAAACAUGUUAUAUCUCAAUUAAGUAUUUCUAUUGAUUCCAAAUUUUUAUUAAGAGACAUCAAGUACAUAAUAGACUUGAUGUAUGAAUUAGUAGAAUUACUUAUUAUUAGCAUCAUGCCAAAUGUUUGGCUUUGUAAUGAUGAUAUUGCCUUAAAAGUAAUUGAAGAUAUGAAAGUAUUAUUUGGCAUCUUAGGAGAUGUUAUAGAAUAUUUUGGAAAUUAUAGCACAAUGGAUGAUUUCAGGAUAACAUAUUUGCAUCUUAUUACUAUUACAAUGAAACUUUUAAGUCAUAUUGUUCCUUUGGAAAUAGCAGAUAUUAUUUUUCCUAAAUCUCUUAAAACAUCAAUAUGCAUAGCUAUAAUAGAUGCUGCUAUUUAUUUUUUAUAUCCAAAACUACACUCUAUAUUACAAGAAUAUGGCCGUCAAUUUCAAGAUUCUGAUGAAAUAAUGUAUAUUAAAAUAUUUGAUGAAUUAAGAAUAAUAAUGAAAUCAAUGCAAGCAAUCAUAGAUUUAUUAAAAAACAAAUCUAAUUCAUCUCAUUCAGAAGUCUUAAAAAUGUUAUACUCUUCAAAAUUAAGUUUAUCUUAUCACAAAAAUUUCAGCAUUGUUAAAAAAACUAUUGAAUUUUUACAAAAUAUAAAUAAGUAUUCUCUAAAUGAUGAAGAUCAUAAGUUAGCUACAAAAUUAAUAUUAAAUUUAUUAGCAAAUGCAGAUGCAGAUAUACAAUAUGUCACGUAUCUCGAAUGUCAUACUUUAACUAAAAAAAUUCUAGGAAUAGAAUAUAGAAGUGAAAUGUUAUCCUGGGAAAAUUUAAUGUUUUUAUUCGAAUCAUCUGUGUUAACUGAAAUUAUAUCUUAUGGUAUAACACAUGAUGAUAAAAGGAUCAGAGAAAUGUCUGAAGAAAUAUUAAUUUAUAUUCUAAAGGGAAGAUUACAAAUGGGAGAAAAUGGAUGGUUAAAAUCAUUAGAAGUAAUAGUACCAGUGUUGCCUAUUUUACAGUGUUAUGCUCAUUCUUCUACAACUUUAGGUCAAUGUGUAACAAAAAUCUUUGAUCCUGAUGUUUCUACUAACAUACAAUUACCAUUUAUUGAGGUUUUAAAAGGUAAUUUAAGAUUCCUAUUUUCAUCAGAAGAAGCUAUUAGAGAAGAAGCUGUUUGUAGAUUGAUUUGGCUUCUUGAAAAAGAAAAAAAUUCAGUUCAAAAAUUACCACGAUUAUCAUCUUUACACGAUUUACCAUUUAAUUCGCUUUGCAUAUUUGAUAAUCAAAUGUCUUUUAAAAAAUCUGAAGGCAAUUAUCAGAGAAGUAAUUUAUUAUCAGUACUUGAAAUGUUAAAUGAUUCAGAUGUUGAUCCAAAAAUAAGAAAAUCAGCAUUAGUACAAAUUAGUGUCAUGCUUACAGAUUCUUCUUUACACAAAUUGUUUAUUACUGAAAAUGGAUUAUCGCUAAUCUUAAAAAUAUUUAAUAGUGCUUUGGUUGAAAAAGAAUAUAAUAAUUAUCCAGAUUCUGUCAUUCCUAUAAUUACUAUACUAAAAUUAUUAGCAUUUUCUGAAUCUUCUAUACGUCAAGAUUUAUCUACUCGUAUUAACGUUUUCUCGAAUAUAAUUAGAAGUCUUUUCCUAUUUCCAAAUAAUGAAUGUGUUAAAAUUGAUGGUUCACAAUUAUUAUGUAUAUUACUUUAUAAUGAUUACAUCAUAAGAUUGAGUGAAAAAUAUGCAGAAAAUUAUAAUCAAUUAAAUGUUGCUUUACCUUAUAUUAUCAUAUCUAAGAUGAAAUUACCAUUCAUUUGUAAAUCACAUUCGAAAAUAAGUAGACAUAGACGAUCAGAUAUGUCUGUUCUUCAUGACAAUAAUCCAUUAUCAUUAACAUUUAUAAAACAAUAUUGGAUAUGGGAAUGGCAUAAUGGUAUAAAUGUACUUUGGAAAAAUUUAAACAAUCUUUAUGAUUCUGAUGUAUCAGAAAAAUUGAAAAUUCAAGAAAACGAAUUUUUAGUUUUACGUCUUAGUUCUUCUUAUUACUGCUGUCAACAACAAUUGUAUAAUAUACAAAAUUCAACUACUCAUGACUCAGUUUCAUGUGCACUUGAUUAUCUUACAAUGUACAUAAAAUUUUAUAAAAUGCAACAAUAUGAAGAAAUAAAAGACAUAAGCUUAUUACCUUGGGAACGAACAUUUGAACGAUUUUUAUAUUCACAACCUGCAAGUAAAGAAGACUGUGAUUUAUUUGUUGAAGUUUUAAAUUUUCUACAAGUUUAUAUCAAUAUUACAAAAAAUGGAAAGUAUACAUGGACUUACAAAAUAAUGAAAAAUAUAACUAAAUCAUUGGGCGAAUUAUUAAAAAACUCAGAAUUAGAUAAUCAAAAUAUACAUCAAUCUAUAUUGAAAUUAGCUCGUAUAUGUUCAGCUGUAGAAGAAACUGAGAAAUCUACUAUGGAAGAUCAGAACAUUUGGUUACAUUUUAUUGAAUUAAUUAUUUCUACUUUAUGUUUAGGAGAUCAACAGCAUUAUUAUAAUUUAGCUUAUCUUGAUUGGUUAUUAACUUGUUUAACAUAUUUAAUUGGAAAGUGCAAUUGGAUAGAUUAUAAAAAUUUAUUAAUAUCAUUAGGAAACUCAUUGAUCGAACUAAUUAUAUCCUUUCAUGGAGCUGGAACAGUUAGUUUUAUGGGUUUAUCCAUAACUAGAAAUUCUAUUAUAUGUCUUAAUCAUUUGUUAUAUCAAAUGCAAAUAAACUUUAAUAAAAAUAUUUUUGCGCAAUUUUGGUAUGAAGAAGAUCGUACGUUAAAUUGGUUGCCCAUAUUAUGGCAAAAUCGAGAUCCUUUAAUUCGAGCAUCUGCUUUACAAUUAUUAGCUGGACUUAUGAAUAAUUUACAUACUGCUUCUCAACUAUUAAAUUCUGUAGCAUUAGCACCAAGCGAAUUAUGUCAGACAUUACUUCAAUAUAUUGCUAGUAGAGAAGAAUCAUGCAUUGUUAGAGAACAAGCUUGUUGUGCAUUCAGUAGUUUAGUGAAAAAUUGCAAUUCUAUAAUUUUUCAAUAUAUGGAUUCUCUGAAAGCAAGCUCUAUUUUAAUAUAUAUAGAACAAAAUAACACUUAUUACGAAAUAAGUGUGCUAUGUUCUAGUAUUUAUAUGCUUACUUCUUUGGACUGUGACCAUAUGAAUAAUCAAGAACAAGAAACUGGGAAAGUCCCAUCUAUUCAUAGCAUGCAAUCAAGUUGUACAUCAAUGGUAUCGCGUACAAUUUCACAUUUAUAUAAUUGUCAAGAUGAAUUACAACCUUUUUCUGCCAGAGGAUCAACUACUGAUAUAGAUAAUUAUUUACAAUUAGUAGCAACACCAUCAUUGAUAACAGCUGUAUGUAGACUAUUAAAUAAUUUAAUAUUUAUAGGAAAACAAGAAGUUGUUCAUCAAAUUUAUGAGCAUUCUAUUGACAAAUAUUUAAUUGGAUGCAUCAAUGAAAUUCCUAAAGAUGUGGAAAAUAAAAAGAAUUUAACACAUUCCUGUGAUGUAUUAGAAAUGUAUAUUAAUAUUUGUACAGUUUUAACGAACUGUAUUACAUAUAGUAAUGAAUAUACUCUUGUAGCUAAUUUUUCUCUUGAUUCACUUUACAAGUUGUUUUGUUUUUUAAACUAUGAUUUAUAUUGUAAUAAUAUAUCCCAGUUGAUAUCCUUACGAAAUAAGCUCUGGACUGAGAUUUUCAAUUUUAUAGCCAUACUUUCGUUAACGGAAAAUCAACAUUUUGAAUCAAUUCAAACUGCUUUAGAAUUGUGUGGUCCAGAAAUUGUACUUUCAUCUAUUUGUAUUGCAAUGAAAGAUUCUAGUCCAGAACUUCGUAUCAGUGCUAUAAGUUGUCUCGCAUUUCUACUUUCUCAGGAAAUUCAAAAAGAUUCUUUAGGAAAAAGUAAUAUUUCAUUACAAUUGGUAAUAGAUACUCCUUCAAUUAAAUCAUUAACUGGCAACAGAAAUGAUUUAAGAGAAAUUAUAUCUGAUGUUAAUAAACUUUCUUUACAAAACGUCAAUAUAUAUUCAUCAAAAUCAAAUGGAAAUAAAGAUAUCCCUUUAAUUUCCGAAAAAAUAUCAGAUUGUGAAGUUGAAAAAAAGGAAAUUAUUAUGAGUGAAGAGUUUUGUAAUAUUUUAUUACAAUUAUUUAUAGCUCAUAAUUAUAAUAAAUCUAAAAAAAAUAAAAAAUUAAAUGAUGAUAAAGAUUUGAUCACAAGCGCGCUCACUAAUUUAUUGUGUGUAUCAAAUAUAGCCAAAAAAGUUGCAUUAAGAGAAAAUUUAUCUGAAACAGUUUUAAUGAUAUUAAAAGAAUUAUAUGUCAGAUUAAAUAUACAACCUUUUGAACUUUUCAAAAAUCAAACAGAUCGUGAAAAAAAGAUUCAUCCAUUACUAUACGACGUGAAUGCUAUUUUAAUAUUACUAAUGAAUUUUAUGUAUGGUAGUAUAGAAGUUAAAGAAGUUUUGAUGAAAUUUGGACUAGCAGAUGUGUUACAUAAAUUAUGGGCUUGGAUUGCAUUAAAUAAAACAGUUACGACUACUGCUUUAAAAUUACUAGCAACCUACACUACAAAAUGUUCUACAGCGCAAUCUUUGACAUUAACAACUAUUUUACCAGGAACAGGUCUUAGAAAAACUCCAAAUACUCUUGCUCUUAUACAUGUUAUUGUACAAUUAGUUUGUAAAGAAAUAGAUAAAGCAGGUCAAUCCUUUGAUAAUCAUAAGUUACACUUUGGCUUUCAUGUUUUACGAAAUGCAAUACAUGUUCAUGAAUGUAGAGUAUCAAUUUCAAAGAGUAAUCUCCUACAGUUUUUUACGAAAAUACAUCCAAUUACGACGAAACGGGCAAAACCAUGGCCACUUGUUGAGUUAUAUUGUUUAGAAUUUUUAAUUGAUUUUACUUAUUACGAAGAGGGUCAGUUAUGUGUCCCAAAGGCUGUUGAUGGGUUGGAUGUUUUAUUGCAAUUGUCAAAAUACUCUUCAUCAUCUAAUAGAAUUCUUGCAAUUUCCAUAUUACGUAAUCUUGCAUUUAACAUGACUAAUCGACCGCGAUUACUUAGUUCAGUGGAUUUCAUUAAUGUUCUACAUGAUAUAUUUAAAAAUGGUUCUUUAGAUGAAAUUAAAAUAGCAGGUUCUAUGUUAUGGUCUUUAAUAUCUAACAAUCAGAAAGGAAAAUUAAUUAUACGAAGUGCUGGUUUUUCUCAAAGUAUACAAGAAGCUUUAGGUAAAUUUACGUUAUUAAAUGUAGAUCAUAACAAAAAUGAAGAAGAUUUAAUUAAAAUAUUACAAUAUGUAUUAAAAAUUCUUAAUCCAAUAGACAUUAAAAAUGAUUAAAAUGAGCAAUCAAAUAAAAUAUUUAAAUGCGAAUAAUUGUAUAUAGAAAUAAAAAUGUUAAAUUAUGUGAAUAAUAUUAUUAAUGAAAUUUGUAAUAUUUUUUAUAUAAAAAAUAUAUGUAAUAUCGAUUUAUACAAUUUUUAUUUUUAUAAAUAUAUAGUGUCAUUUUUAUAGAUAUAUUUUUUGAUGUAUUAUUGAUGUAUUAUUAUAACAUAAAUAUUUUAUAACAUUUGAUAAUAAAUGUUAUUUAAUUUAUUGAUA